AGUUGUCCACAAGGAUUUUAUUUGCAUCAAAGGUUUGGACAGUGCUAUCGUUGUGAUUACGGUCAGUAUCAAGAUGAGAGCGGUCAACGCAUGUGUAAGAAAUGUCCGUAUGGAACGACAACGAAACAACUUGGAGCUGCAUCAAUAAGUGAUUGUUUAUCGACGAACCAAUGCACGAACGGUGAGCACAAAUGUCAUUGGCUGGCUGCAUGUUACGAUCUGCCAGAUACCGACAAUAAGCCCUUGUAUGGUUGUAAAUGUCAACCUGGAUUCGUCGGAAACGGAUUCGAAUGUACAGGUGAGUCAGCCACUACUUAUAUGCAAAGCAUUUUUAGACUAGCGCAAACGCUCAAAUUAUUUCUGCGCACCAUUUGCUCAACAGUCUAUUGA